AGCCCCGCCGCCGCCCGAGAGCCGCCGCAGAGCUAGAAGGAAAAUGAUGAAAAUGUUACCCUUUCUCCAAAGUGGUCCUAUUGGAAUACGCAGUGGAUCAGAGGGUUGCAUUGGUCCAAACAGGCAGUUUGAAAACCCUUCGGCAUCAGUAGCUGAGCAAGUGCCUGCCUGUUCUGAAUCUUCUGUAGAUGAGAUCUGGUCCAAGAACCAGGAGAAGAUGAGUGAAAGGCCAGCGGGAGCCUGCAGAGCUUCACGUGCCUCUUCCAUCACGAGCAAUGAGAGCUGCAUCUCUGCUGGAGACAGCCCUGAAAAGGGCAGAGGAAUAACGGGAAUCCUUAGAAGUGCAUUUAAGAAAAUUAAAAAGACCAAGCCACCCAGUGUCAAACAAGUCAUGGUUCUCCUUGGAGAGCAAAAGCUUUGUGAUGCCACUCAACAUCUGAUUGCCCUGGAGAAGAGCCUGUCUAGCAAAAGUGAGGAGGGACUGAACGCCAGCCAGGAAGACAUCGAGUCUGUCUAUGAAGUUCUGAAGCACAAAGUCUUCAGUGUCUUGAAAGACUCCAUGCUGCUAGCAAAAACAAACCCAGACCUGCUGCAGCAGGCAGUGGAGGCUCUGAAAGAGCAGGAGAGAGAAGAUCAGAACUACAUGUCAGAGAAUCCACCUGACCAAAAUAUGCAAUUUAGACCUAGAAAAUGGAAAGAGCUUUGGAUGGCUACAGUAAAGGAGUCGGUAGAGGCUCGAAUGAAGGACACAAGCCGUACUCCCAUAAAUGAGAACCUCUCUGCAGUCGGCCAAAACCUCCUGCACAUGGGAAAGACAAUGAAAGAAGAUUUGACAGUGGUUGUAAAGUACAUUAAAGAGCUUUAUCCUCCUGAGUUUAAUGUGUUCAGCAUAUAUGCAGAAUUCUACCAUGAUUAUUUUGCCUCCCAGGCAAAGAAAAAUGCUGAGUCUCAUCUGGAAGACAAGGAUAUUUACCUUCUUCUCUCAUGGGUGCACAAAAUUUAUCCAAAAGAUAUGAGAAAAGAUCAUGCUUUAGCCAAGGAGUUGGAUAAAGUUAAGCUUGGAAGCCUUUUGCCAUCAAGUCUGAGCAAAGAGCUUGAAAAGAAAUACCUUGACAGUGAAGAGGUUACCGUCAAAAAUUCUCUGAGCAAGUGUUUAGAUAAAGAAAUCCAAAGAUGGAAAGAAGACAAAGAACCAGAGAAGCUAAAUGGACAUUUUCAGAGUGAACUCCUAGGAAUAUUUGUUAUCCAGAGCAUCUACAGUGGCCAGAAGCGAGCCCAGGACAUCAGCAGUGCUGUGGGGGAGGAGCUGUCGCAGCGCCUGUUGAAGGAGCUGCCUGCCUUCCUGAGGAGCUACAGGGAUGCUUUCGAAGACUUUAAGGAGAAAAGUAAGAAGCACACACACUACAAGCCUAUACUGAUUGCAAAUAUUAACAACUGCUGGAAUUUUAGAGAAUACACAGAGAAAAACAUGGCAGAAAAGGACGACGGUAAAGCCGAUAUCCUCAGCACUCUUGGCGAUAUUGAAAACAGUGGCUUUGACGUGCUGCUUCAACAGCUGUUUGCCCAGCUGAAGCCAAUGUAUAAGAAGUUCACAGAAAAUAAGUGGGACUCCAGCAACGAAAUUAUGAAUGAGAUCAUUAAAACCACCAGCAAACAUUUUUCAGACUUCCGGACGUUAAGGGACCCUUUUUACCACGCUAUUGUUGAGAAGAUCCACACCCGUUUGGUUAAAGAGUACAUCGUGAGGCUGCUGAAGAGGAAAGUCAGCCUGAAAACUCCAGCACAGCAGCAAACUCUAGCCCAGCAGAUCUCCAAGAAUGCUGCUGACUUGGAAGCCUUCUGCAUGAGCAAUGGAUCUCAAGCCACGUGGUUGAAUUCAGUGCUCCCCAAACUUGCUGAAAUAAUCCGACUUCAGGAUUUAGGUGCUAUUAAAAUUGAAGUUGCAACACUUGCCACAACAUACCCAGAUAUCCGCAAAAGGCACCUGGAAGCGUUCCUGCACAUCAAAGCCAAUUUGUCCCGCAGUGAACAAAAAAGCAUCCUGGGCUACUUGGCAGACAACAAAGCCUCCACACCACCCAGGGCCAUGCUCUUCUCCAACAUAAACGUGUCCUAGGCCAAGGCACCCCUCGGCACCCCCUUGUGCUGGACUGUCAGGUGAGCCAGGGAUGGAGACUGUUCCCCUGGACAAAUACACAGCACACACUGCCACCUUUUCCUAUGGAAAGUGCUUUGUCUUAAUCUGGUGCUCAGCACCUCUAUGGGAAUUGUUGUUCUCCGUGUGAAGAUAGGAGGAGGGGACACCCACGAGAUGCAGUGCCUGCAAGGACUGGGACUGCUCCUCACACCAGCCAUGGAUUCCCCCCCAGAGUCUCCUUGGUGCCACCACGUUCUCUGCCUGGACACUGCCCCGGUGCUCUGACCUCCAUCUACCUCUCAGGAUGCCAUGAAGGCCAUGACGCUGACUCCCCAGCUAGCCCAGACCAAGCAGGCACCUGCUGUGUAGAUUUCUAUUGUCUUCUAAAGAAAUGGAGAGAAACAAAACUCAAGCCAAAAUUCAGAGAUGUUGGAAAAGUCCCAUGUGAGCAUGUUUGCACCCCCUUUGCCUUUCUCAGAGCCGUGCAGGGCAGCUGCGUUAGGCUAAGGGGAGAGGCCCCAGGUUUCUGGUGAGGAGGAGCUGUAGUUCAGCCAUGGAGGGCUCUUGCCAUCCCUCCACACUGCAGGACCCUGGACUCAGGACUUAGAGUGGCCACAGCUGCACGCUCUGACUCAGCAGCAGCACUGCCCAGGGGCAUCAGGGUUCCUGAACCGGCCCUGGAGAGCAUGUGCUUCCUUCACCUCCGUGAGGUGGGAGCACUUGACCCCCUGGCAGACAACCCCUCUGCAGUGACUCCAUCCAGUGCAUCUGCACAGAGUGGCAUCCUGCUAACUGAGCUUGGGAGCAAGCUGCCUGUUGCAAUGGAUUGUGUAGCAUCUAGUAAAACACUUUGGAUAUUACUGAAGCCCUUCCUUAUCAAGGAGAGGACAUUUCCAGACCCUGUUAACAACCCAGUCUUUGAAUGGGGUGUGGAACUGGUCUCAAAUGCCAUCAAAAUGUACUGAGCACCCUGUUUGUAUCACCAUUCUCUUGCUCGCUCUUUCCCCUCUUGCUGUGAGGUAGAUAUGAUGUGAAAACACAAAUGGGUCUCUUGUGAAACUGUGUUUUGUUUCUUACAGCCCAGUUUUUCUGGGAAGCUAACCCCUUGCCAAAACAACACUGUGUUUCAUUGGAGACCUUUCCCUUCUGUUUUUUUUUUCUGUUUCAACUUUUGUAUCAGUCUGUGGAAAGUCACCCCGGAAGGAAGACACAUGAUGGCUGUGCAAACUAUAUCAUGUAUUUAUGUGCAUAUGCAGUAUACCACUGGUGUAUUUUUGCAUCAAACUCUAUUUUUUUCUCAGUUAGAGAUAUUAAUUUACAAUGUUUAUAUUUAAACAGUAUUCAAAUAUGCUAGAAAACUGACUCAUUUAUUCUGUCUCUGGCUGUUGUUUACUGUGUUGCCAGAUGUAGUCCUAUGUCCUUCUUCGAAGGGCCAGUCCUUCCACUACUCCCAGCCUGCUCUGGUGAAUAUCACCCACUGGUUCCAAAUAAGGAGAGUCUUGCUGGACUAUAGACAGGCUGGUAAAGUAGAGGCACCUUCUGUUUGUACUGUGUAUGGGUCUCAUAGCCUGGCUUUCCUUGCUCUCCGGAACAAGGACUGCCAUGUACACCAUGUUUAUGGUAUCUGGUAUAACAAGAUCCAAAAUGCCAGCCUCUAAGCACUACCACAGUCUCAAUGUUGAACAAUAAAAAGAUAUGCAUUUGACAUUUG